AUGAAAGGUCGUUUUAAACGACUUAGUGAAAAUUCACAAAAGUGGGUUGGUGUAUAUUGGGAAACAUGGCGUCGAAGAAGAAGUGGAAUGAGUCAAAAAUAUAUUGAAAACGAAGGUCAUAAACUUUAUGAGGCAAGUGGGAACAAGUUUAACGACAUUAUUGUUUUUAAUGAAGUUAUGUGUAAACACGAUAAGUGGGCUUUAGAGUUAGAUCGUGACACAGCACGUUCCCGUCAUGAAUGUGAAGUGGGUAAUAAAGAAAGUGGUGGUAGCACGAAAAGAUCAAUGAAUACUGAAGAAUGGGAGUAUUGUGUCCAUUUCAACCUAGAAACGCCAACUAGUGAUAGUUCAACAGUUAAACGUCCAACAAGCAGAGAUGCGGAAAAAAAGGGGAAAGGUGAGGCUUCUAAUGAAAUUGUUACAGAACUUCGUGCAACGAGGCUUGCUAGAGAAAGUGAACUUGAAGUCAUGAAAAAAAAGGAAUUGACUUGA